CCGGCCAAAAUGGCGGCGGCGGUUGGCGCCGAGUCCCGCUUGUAGUUUCGUUGCCUUACUACUCCCGUUGCAAAAUGUGAAAGAAGGGGCUGGCGGAGGGGGGCUGUAGGCAAUGAGUCGGCGAAGGAAACAUGGGGACAGCCCUGGCCUGAAGAACACGCCGCGCAAAGCGGCGACGGCUGAGGAAUGCAGCUCGAUGGUCGAGCCAGGGAAGAGGCGGCUGAGGUCGGCCCGCGGUUCAGGGCCCCGCAGGGCCGGAGAGACGUCUCCCCGGCCCGUGUCGCAACAAGAGCAGCCUCCAGCAGCCGCUUCGUGCAGUAAAAGUAACCCCGAGGAAAGAUAUGAAACACCAAAGAGAGUGCUGAAAAUGGAUUUAUUGUCAUCUACCUUCAGUUCUCCUAAUGAUCCAGAUGGACAAAAUGAUAUCUUUUGGGAUCAAAAUUCUCCAAUGACAAAACAGUUAGGUAAAGGAAGAAAAAAACAGAUUUACACCACAGAUAGUGAUGAAAUCUCACAUAUUGUUAACCGUAUUGCUCCUCAGGAUGAAAAACCAACAACAAACUCCAUGCUUGGCAUGUGGAUUGGUGCCACUGCUAUUCCUUGUACUCCUAGUGUAGCAAAAGGAAAAUCAAGAGCAAAAAUCAGCUGCACAAAGUUAAAAACACAAAAUCGAGAGGAAGAACUUAUGAAAUUGGCUAAGCAAUUUGAUAAAAAUAUGGAAGAGUUAGAUGUGAUUCAAGAGCAAAACAAAAGAAAUCAUGAUUUUAUGCAGACAACUGCAGAAGCAGAGACUUUAAGCAAUUAUAAAGAUAAUGUACAAAUGCAGUUAUUACAUGAUAUAGUUCCUGAAAUAGAUAAUUCUAUAAUAAAGAAGCCAAUGAAAGAAAACACCAAAAUGUGUGUGGUAAAUGAUCAAAAUAGCAGUCAGAAGCCAUUUGACCAAAAUGCUGAAGCAGCCUUUAAUGCCAUUUUUGAUGGCUCUACUCAGAAAUGUAGCGGACAGUUCAGCCAAGAUUUGCCAGAUGUUUUUUUGAACACAAGUAAUACCACCUUUGGAAAGAAAAGCGCUUUAAAAGAGGAGAAAAUCAUUAUGAAUGAAAUUCUGGUCCCUGAAAAACUGCCAGAUAAAACCCCAGGAUCACUUUUUUGUCAAGUGGACACUCCUGGAAUGACAAAAUCAUGUGUGACUUCUUAUACUGAGAAGCCAGAAGCUUUUCAUAAACACCUUGAUGCAUUUACUACCAGCGAUUUUGAGGAUGAUUGGGAAAACUUACUAAGUAAUGAACCUUUUGUUAUGCAAAAUGUCAAAAUGUGUGAACUUUUCCCUGCUCCUAGAACAGCCCAGAUUGCUGAUCAAAAGGAAAUUUAUAAUUUUAACAAUAAAAAUGAUAAAAAUAAGUCAAGAAUGAAUACAAGUCUAGAUACCAGGGUAAGGGAUUCAAAAAUUUUACAGGAUCUCCCUUCAAAGACAUAUAACAAGGAAUUAAUAGAUUCUGGAAAAUACGGGUUUUCACUAAAUCCAAAUGAUAAACCAAGCAAAUUACCAUCCACUGGAAAUAAAAUGAAAUUUGAGAAAUCUUUCAGUAAAACUGUUGUUCAAGACAAAAUUCAAGACUGUACAGUUGCGUCUAAUCUGACAAAAGUAAAAGAAGAUAUGCACACUAAAUUUACUUCUAAUGUAAAUAUUUCUGAAAAGUCAACUUUGAACACAGGAUAUUCUAAUGAACAAAAAAAUAAGUUCAUUUAUAAUCAGUCUUUUAAAGCACCUGCUAAUAUAGAUCAUUUUGGCUCUGCAACUUUGGGCAAUAAAACCAGUGUUUAUAAUCCAAAUCAGACUAAUACAUCAAAGUUAGGUUCUUUCUUUGAUGACUGGAAUGAUCCAUCAUUUGCCAAUGAAGUUGUUAAAGCAUGUCAUCAAUUAGAGAAUACCUGGGAAGCAGAUGAUGUAGAUGAUGAUUUAUUAUACCAAGCAUGUGAUGAUAUUGAAAGACUAACUCAGCAACAAGACAUUAGAAAGGACAGUAAGAUAUCAGAAGGUAAACUUGAGAUCAAUAAUAGUUCCAAACAUGGAGCCAAAAACAUGUUUACUACAUCUAAAGAAAGUCGGUUGGUGCAAUCGAAGCAUUUGAAUCUGAGCAGCAUUUCAGGGUAUACAUCUUUCACAAAUAGCUCACAAUUAAAUAAACCAGUGAAGAUGGAAAAAGAAAUUUGUGGAAAUUCUCCAAGCUUUUUAGGUGCUACGACUAAUUUAACAAUAUACUCUAAGAACUCAAAUUGUCAGAUCAAUAAUCUACAUUAUUCCUGGAAUAACACUGAUGUUCCAAUACAAGUGAAUAGUACUGAAUCGGUUCUUACAGGGAAUUCAAGUUUGAAUGUGAGUUCAGAUCAUAGGAAUACAGAAACUGCUACUUAUAAGAAGAAAUUAAGUACUCAGCAUCUAUCCCAUAGGAACAUAACAGAUGGAGCUAAGAGUGACCUUAACAGACCAGUUAGAUUUCCUAAGUAUACAUUUACAAAGGUGAAAAAUUCCCAGAUUCUUUCCCAGUUCAAUCAAAAUUGUAUACCAGCAAGUAUUUCUGAUACCAAAAUUACACAGGGUUUGGAGAAAAAUAAAACUGUCAACCCAUUUUGUGGGAAGACUGUUCAACAGCAAUCUUUGGUGAAACGUUCUGAAUCUAUGGAACAACCUUCAAAAGCCAUUCCUCAGGGAAACCACAGUUAACAGUUUGGAAUACAUCAUGCAGUAUUUUCUGUGCAUAUAAAAGCGUGCAUGCAUGUUUGUGUGUAUGUAUACGUGUGUAUACCUACAAAUUUAUUUAAUCAGAUGGAAUUAUGUACUCUGUACCUACCCUUUGACAACUUGGUUUUGCCUUCAUUUAAUAUAGCUAUCUUUUCCUGUUACUCAUAUAGUUUUGCUUCAGGCCUUCUAAUAACUACAUAGUAUGUUAUUAUAUGGACGUACCAUGAUUUAUUUAACUGUUUCUCUAUUGAUGGAAAGUCCAGUUUGGUUGCCUUUUUUGCAUUACAAACAAUCCUCCAGUGAAUAUACUUCUACAUAAAUUUCUCCAUGCUCCUGUGAUUGUAUCUGUUAAUUAUUGAAAAAUUGAUGUAAGAGAAUGUUUUGAAUUUGAUGGAUAUCACCAAAUCUUCCCCAAAAGUUACAUCAAUUUAUUCUUAUCAACAUUGACAAUGAAUAUUUCCCUACAUUAUAGCCUUGAUAUUUUGAAACUUUAAAAACUGUGGUCAAUCUAUAAUAAUUUAAAAUAUUUAAAUUUAUAUUUAAAUAAGUGUAAUUAAUUGGACCAUACUCUCAACAUGAAUUUAGUUACAUAUAGUUAUAACUAUAUUAAAAAUGACUACAUCUCUGCAAUAUUUGACUUUUCUCAAAACUAUCCUGUCUGCAUUUUUAUUUUUUAUUACCUCUUUCAGUUUAUCUUAUCAGUUUUUUUAAGUUUACUGAUAGUACUAAUCUUCUAAUUAAUAUUAAUCUUCUUGAUAUUACCUGUUGUUUCUACUUUCUUUUACUUUGUUAUGUAGCAAGCUGCUCUCCAGAGAAUGUCUCUGAAACAAAACCCAUUUAACUACCUCAUUGUUGUAAGGCAGGGUUUGGCAAACCAUGGCCUAUCCAAAUCCAGCCCAUAGCCAGUUUUUGUACAGCCAGCAUGCUAAGAUGGUUUUCACAUCUUAAAUAGUUGAAAAAAUCAGGAGAAGAGUAACAUUUCAUGACCUUUGAAACUUACAUAGAAUUCAGAUUUCAUUGUCCCUAAACAAAGUUUUAUUUGAACACAGUCACAUCAUUUGUAUUGUCCAUGGCUGGCUGUUUUCAUGCUACAGUAACAGAGUUGAACAGUUGCAACAAAAGACCAUAUGAACUUCAAAGGUUAAUAUAUUUCUGGCCCUUUACAGAUCUUUUUUUUUUCUUUUUUGCUGACCUCUGCUCUAGGCUAAAGAUUAAGAAGAGCCACUCUUGCUUUGUACCUUGUAAUAGUUUGAGACUUUACCAUGUAUUUUUAUUGAAGAUUGAGUUAAAGGAAGAACUGAUGAGAGAAAUGGAUGACUCUCUAAAUCAGAAUUUCAUAGUGUGACUUUAUUUACAUCAUUUGAAAUUAUUUUCCAAGAAUGAUCACCAAGCCAGUUGUAAAACCAGUUUUAGAGAGCUUUUCUGCUGUCAUGGAUUAUUAACCUGUUUUCCUUCCAAACUUAUGAUCAAUUCAGUUGUGUGUGUGUGCUGAGUUUUUGUUUCUCAGCUUUGAGACUAAAAUAUUAGUCAAGCUAAUUAUAAAGUAUCUUGUAGCAUCUUUGUGUAAGGAAAAAUAGCUACAAAUCUGUGAGAUAAUUAGUUUAGGAAAUAAAUAAGACAUCAGAGUAAUCUGGGAGUUUAUCUAAAAUAUUUACCUCUUACCUUGAACACCGUCUUCCAUUUCCAAUUAUACCAAGAAAGAAGGGGAGACAGAUAAUUUAUUUUGGACAAAUAAUCUCCCUUAGUUAACAAGGGAAAUGUCUUAUAACAAAGCCUGAACCUUUGUCUAGAUGGUAGUAUAAAUAAUAUUUCUCUGCCAACAGUACUACAGAUUCUUACUCUGUGAGAGGCAGAUUUUACAACAUAAACAGUUUUACCAAUAGAAGGUCAUGUAAAUAUGAUUUAAGGUGAUGGUCUUAAUUUUAAAACAUCCUUUAAAUGAGAAAAUACGUUUGCUAAUUUUAAAGUUUGAUUCUUACUAGCAUUAUGUAGAUAAUCUAAUAUUUUAGCUUGAAGUGACUAAACUGUGGAAUUAAAUUCAUUUUAUUAGAACUUAGUAUUUAGUUCUAAUAGAUUAGAUAUAAUUGGAUGUAUAUUAAAAUCAAACUUAACUUAUUUUCAUUAAUUUAAAACACAUUGUUUAUAGUAUAUUAUCCCUGAGGUAUACACUAAAAUAUGCUGCAUAGGAAUAUGUCAGAAUGCUUCACAUUUCUGUAUACUUAAAAAGACAUUCAAAUUGAAGAUUUUAUUCAGAUAUUCUCCUUUUUGAAAUAAUUUUCUAAUGCUUAUAUAAAAUGUAUUCUCCAAAUAAAAAUAUUUGACAGUGAAUUAUAUGCUUAUUGUCAUGAUAGAUUUCACUAGAUCACUCUAAAACAUUUUUCCUCAAUGGCUAAAAUGACAAUCUUGGAGCUCUAUAGAGGAAAAAAGUUAGUGUGAAUAUUAAUAUAGCUUAUCAGUAAAAAUACACUAUUUGAGGUAUUUUGUAUUUAAUUCAUUAUAUUUUGACUACUUUUCUACUAAAGUUUAUAUAACAUUUAAAAUCCCAGUUUUUAAAAAAUAUUCAUUUGUGAAUUAUAUAAAUUAGAUGUCCUUAUUCCAAGAAUUAUGUGCUAGGAAGUUAAAAUAUACAGUUUAAUCAAAUGAACUUUAUGACAUUUUGAAAAGGUAUAUAAAAUAAGGACAGAUGGAUCAGUGUUUGAUUUUCUUUUGGCUAGAGCACUAUAUCUGUAAGUGGAAUAUCAUAUAUAAUAGUUUAGUGUGAAAUAGUUAUACCAGUAUGGCAAGUCUGGAUAAUAAAAAAGUAAAAACGAAAACUCAUAUUCAGGAUGACUUUACAGUCUAUAAAAGUAAUAUCUAUAUUUUGUUUAAUUUUUAGAGGAAGAAGAGAAAAAUAAAAAGUAUUCUCCUGAAGAAAUUCAAAGAAAAAGACAAGCAGCACUGGUUCGAAGAAUGGCCAAAGCACAGGCAUCAUCUCUAAAGGCAGCUCCCACUUAACUUGAUUUCUUUUAUGAAAUAUUAGUUGGAAGACAUAACAAAGACAGUUAAUAGCUAUCUGUGAUAGGAAAUAUUUUUUCUUGAUUUCUCUGUGAGAAAUUUAAUGCUGACUUAUAAAGCAUGGACUUCUUUUUUUUUAUGGACUUAUAUUUUAUUUAAUAAAUCAAUGUUUGCAAUUCAUUGAAACCUUUCCUUGGAGAGGUAUGUGAAAAUAAUUGCAUAAAAGUUUUGGAAAUUCAGGAGAGCUAGCGAUUAUGUUGUAGAAUUAUACAGAGUAAAGUAAUUAUAUUUUUAAAUAUUGUGGAUCAUCCAAAAAUAGGUAAUCUACUAAUUUUUUUAUCGUAAUAACUCCCUAAUACAAAGCUUCAACUCACUAAGUAAGAUUUUUUUUUUAUAGUUUUACCUUCAGUAACUGUUUCUAAGUUUUUUAUACAUUUCUGAAUCUUAAAAAUACUUUCAUAUUUUUAGGAACAUGGUUGGUGGGAAAUGACUUCAGUUUAUUUGUCAGUAAAUCACUAUUUUUAAUUCCUAAUCUGAAAUAGAUUUUAAUUUUAGUUUUCUAAAACAUGAUGUAUUUUGGAAACUUUCCACUUUUUUUAGGGAAAAUGCUGAUUUAAGAAGUUUAGAAAAAAGAAAGUAGACUGGCUAUAUAAAUAAUAUAGUAGUAUUAACAUUUAGAACUGUCAGAACCUUUAGAUAUCAUCUGGUCCAACUUCUUUAUUGUAUAGGUGAGAAAUGAAUACUGUUAUUCUGAAAGUCACAAGGCAGGUUAAAGCUGUGCUGCAAUUAGAAUGAUUGCUUUCAUUCUAAUGAACACCUAGACAAUUGUACCAUUUUCUUCUGAGUAUUAAUUAGUAUAUAAAAUAACUUGUUUGUAGGAGCAUUAAUUAUUUCAUAGUAUAAAACUAAAAAAAAAUAGUAACUCAAAGUACAUUAAGGACUGUUUAAUAAUAAUGCUCAUUGUUUCGUAUAUUAAAGAAUUCAUUCCAGAAUA